UCGCUCUUGUAUCUUGUUAUUGAAUUGAAUGAGAAUACAGGCGUGUUAAAAAAAUGACAGUAACGUUGGAUAUACGUAAUUAAUGAUGGGAAUGUUCAGUUAUUAUUGAAGUAAUAACCAGUAUCACCAACUAUGGGGAGUCGUGAUUUCAACUUAAAUUCGUAAUGUUUCGUAUUCUCAAAUUUUUCGGAUCUAGCAUUAUUCAUCGAUUUUCUUAGUAUUUCUCAUGAAAACAUUUUUUAAGUUCAAGUGAUCGCGUAAUUUAGUGUUACAGUGUGAAAUUUUUCGUAUACGUGUUGUGUUGUUGAUAAUAAUUUAAGCUUGUGAUCAUUGGUGUGAUGGUUGUGGAGCUGGGAAUAGUUCACUAUAUCAAGGGCUUCCUGCCAUGAUUAUUGAGUUAACUACGUUGAAUUGUUGGUUUAACAUUGCAAUAAUCUUAUCUGAACGUACUUAAAUGGCAAGCAAACUGUUUGAUAAACUUUUAUAACUUCCCAUUUGUAAUGAUUUAAUUUGUAAUUGAGAUUAAUAUUGAUCAGCGGCAAUGCCACUUCCAAAACGAGUAGUCGAACCCAUCCACAUAUCGAGGGGCACCGUUCCAGAUUCGAACGAGAUAUCAUUACCCAGCGAAUUAGAAACUGUUACCAAUGGCUCAUUAGCAAAUACUAUUCGACAGCUGUCGAGUCUCAGUCGUCAUGCCGAAGAUUUAUUCGGCGAAUUGGCUCGCGAGGCUCAUAUGUUGGCUACGCGAGCCAAUUCUUUACAAGCUCGUCUUGAUAAAUUAGCUGUUAAAACUACACAGUUGGAUAGUACCGUAGAAGAAGUUUCACUGCAAGAGAUUCAAAUGCGGAAAGCGUACAAAAGCUCAGGUAAAUUCGAUCAACAAGUCGUUUCGCGAGAUACUAUGCCAACUGCGAUGCUCGAAACGUAUAAUCAAUGUGAUAAGCCACCGCCGUUAAAUAAACUGAAUCCGUAUAGGGAGGACGAUAAAGACGGUAUGAAAUUCUACACGGAUCCGGAUUACUUCUUCCAAUUAUGGAGUCAAGAAAUGCUCAAAGAUACGGAAAGAAUGAUGAUCGAUAAAGGAAAGAAGCCUCAUAAACCAAGGUCCGCCGAUAACAGCGGCGGCCGAUCUAAGAAACGAGUCCGCCAACCGCACAACACGAGAGAACGUCAAAAACAAAACGCCAUGAAACACGGCGAAUACAUAAUGGCAAAUUCUGAAACCGUUUACGCUCCGUCGUCAGUUCAACCGCAUUACGAGUACGACGAAGAUUCCGCUAUUAGUUCGUUAUCGACUGAUCAACGACCUUCGAGACCCAGUAGCAUAGAAAUACAACGAAAUUACUCACAACACGUGGUAGAUGGUGGUAAUAAAGGCGUCAUCUACAGUCCUACAUCGACGCAACGAUAUAGCCCCACUAGCAUUUAUCAAAGAACUCAAUACGGCACAGGAAUGGCGUAUUACGACGACGCAUCGCAUUAUCAACAGCAAUAUAUAAUUAAUCAAUCGCAACAACAAGUUAUUUCUCCCUCGGCCACGAACGGUCACGUUAUGAGUGGAGGUAUGAUGUCACCGAACGAUGCACUCAGCCCGUCUGGUACUCCAACACGUGGAAAUAAAGUUAGACCAUCGCAACCUCCUCCAGCUCCUCCCAGCGCCACAAAUUCUAGUUCUAGUACCCCAUCGGCCAACACACCGACUCGAGGUAGAAGCAUGAGCAGUGGUCGAGAAACGUUACCACCUCCGCCGCCGCCGCCGGUUGAAACUUGUGUAUCGGCAACACCCCCGGUGGAUUUGCCACCUCCGCCCCCAGCCAUGUCGCAAUCACCUCCAUCGAAUGGAAUUCCUCCUCCACCUCCUCCGCCACCUCCUUUGCCGCAUGCCACCAACGGAAUGUCUCCGAUAUUGACCAACGGCGAUGUAGGAAAAUCGCCAAUUAAACCGAUUGUUACAACAUCUCCGCCAAAUCUAGUGGCAUCUCCGAAACAAGUGAUGAACGCCGAAAAUAAUAUCAUGCAUAACGCCAAUGCAAACCCAGCAAGAAUCAAUAACCCCAAAUUAAACGGACCACAAUACGAUCCCAGAAGCGAUCUAUUAAAAGCAAUUCGAGACGGUAUUAAAUUACGUAAAGUGGAGAAAACCGAACAAAAAGAUAGCGAAAGAGUGAACACGUUACACGACGUAGCUUCCAUUUUAGCUCGUAGAGUCGCCGUCGAAAUAUCAGACUCAGAAGACGAAUCGGACGAUUCAGAAUACGACGAUGACGGUUGGGCUGAACAAGGAGAAACCGCCGUUCAUUGAGAAACGAUUUCGAAUUUUUAAGCAUUAAUUUUUUUCAUUUUGCGGUCAAGAUUGCUCAGAAUGAACAGCUGGUGCUGUAUGAUCCGGUUAUACGCUUUUAUCGCUUUUUGUAUUAUUUUAUCGUCGCCCCCCCUCCCCGAUCGAUCGAUUUGUUUUCUCUUCUAGUUUCUUCCUUUUACGUAGUUUGAUUUUUUUGGUACUUUUGUUAUCGCGAGCCCAGCUAUGUAUUUUUAUACGGAAGAGUGUAUACUAAAGCGGGUGUUUUUAAUAUUUUAUACUGAUAUUCUAGUCUUUUAAUCAAUACCUUCGAAGAUUGUUUUUAUCGUCGAUGUUUUGUUUUCAUUUAAUGAAUUAUAAAAUAUAUUGUUUGUAGGGAAAUUUAUUUGUUAGCCUUUUAGCUGCCUCGAGACAUUCCAGCGGGCGAGUUUGGUUCGUAUUCGAACUACCCUGUUGUACGAAGUUUAAAUGCUGUGCCCUGGAGUUUUGUGUGAAAAAAAUUUCGUCGUAUGGAAGUAUUAUUAUUUAUUACCUUUUUUUUUUAUUUCGCUCGUUAUCGAUGAUUUAAAAAAAGAAAAAUUAAUAGUUUUUACGGCCUAUUUUUCCGUACACGAAUUUAUUUAUUGAAUUGAUGAAUUGCCCACGAUUAUUUCGUUAUAUUUUCCAUUUCCCUUCUUUUUAUUAUUUUUCUUGUAAUUAUUUUUGUGUUUUAAAUUUAAUCUGUAGUGUAAAAAUUUUCAAAAGUACUUCCUUUAUGUAAGCUACGAUGUGUAGAGUAAAAAUAAAUUUAUUAUUUUUUCA